GACAUUGUAGCUCGCGCCCCUGAGCCUAAGAAGAAGGGCAAGGGCAAGGGCAAGGGCAAGGGAAAGGGAAAGGGAAAGGGAAAGAAGGGAAAGGGCAAGGGCAAGGGUAAAGCCGCCGCCGGUGGCGCUGCCGCUACUGCUGGUGCCGCCUAA